AUGCGGCAUCAGCCAUCAAUCAUAAUCGCAACCUGCAACCACCCACAAUGUGUGACAACACAGCAGAAAAUCCUCCAAUCUGACCAGUACAUUGGUACCGCACCUCAAAUCGCGUCUCCAGACUACCCUCGGCCGCAGGACCUUGCGAAUAAUUGUAUGAAUCUUUCAUUUCUUCGCACCUGCCGUCAGAUUUACCAUGAAGCCCGACAUUUACCCUAUAUGCGCACUAUUUUCUUCACACAGCAAGUUGGAACCUUCUCGAACUUUUCAUUUUGUUUACGGCGCUGGCAAGUUCAAUCGAUACAAUAUCUUAAAAUAUGUGUUCCGUCACAGCAAGGAAUGGAUACACACCUCGCUGAAUGGAAUGAGACUUUCUCGUUAAUCAGUCUCGGUUUCCCUAAUCUCGCUGCCAUCUCUAUUCAGGUUUAUCUUCAUUUCCCUGUACAGGCGGUACGAGACACUUUUUGGGAUGGUGGGCUCCUCGAGCUCUGCCGCCUGAAACGUCUACGGGGCAUGAGGCUCUCCAUAUUCGAGUUUGACCCUGAGUGGCCAACCACCAGAGACCCCGUCGUUUUCUUCGAAUACGCGGCAGGCUCAUUGCCCAAUUUAUUGGAUGAGACCACAGACAGGAACAAACAACUGCCAUCCCAUCAGAUACCACAACACAUCUGUUUCUGCGAUGCGCGCGACAAAUUCAGGGAUCGGGUCCAACAAGAUACGCCCAUCGGUGAGGAGUGGGCAUCCCCUGACUCAUACCACAGUGGCCAGCUCUUCUUCCGCUUUGCUCCCAAUACUUUCCCGCUCUACGUCCGCAACCUGAUCCACACCCUCCCCCGCCGGUGGCCGCAUCGAACCCACGCAGAUAUCCGGCGCGAAGAUCAUUUGCAUAGAAAUAAAACCGACUACGCGUACGUAUACAUCGACAGCACGGAGCACAGUCAAUCCCCAAUCUUCGGGUUCCAAUACAAUCCCAAUUUGAGGCACCAGCAUAACGAAAAGUACAUUGCACAAGGACUAGCAGCAUUGCGGCUAUCCCGCGAGCGGCUCCGGCGUUCUGUUGCUAAUGCUCCUUAUUCCCGGCACCGGCAGCGAGAGGAUGGCGACACCGGGCUAUCAUCGCAAUCAUCUAGGGACCGGGAGCGAAAGGAAAAGGCAUUUCAUCGAGGACCGGAGAUUAUGGUACCAGUUUAUCAACGGUGGACUAGUCAGAUUGCUCGAGAACAUGCCCCUAGUCGUCGAGCAGUGACCUCCGCAGAGGAUGAAAGACCGGGCGAUUGGAGACGGCAACUCACAGAGGAGGCAUUUGCGCCAUUCAUUGAAACUUUUCCUAUGGCACUUCGAUGAUAUCUUGACUCGGCGGCUGGUUAUUAUGGGACCUCAUACCGCCAGCUCAGACGUCUCUUGAUCUUCU